AUGGCUGGCGACAAGAUUCUAGUUUUCGGUGCCACUGGGCCUGCAGGCAUCGUUCUUCUCCGCGAGUUGCUCCAUCGCAAACUCCCAGUUCUCGCCUACUGUCGAACUCCUUCCAAAAUUCCCGAGGAUCUUUCCAGCAAUCCUCUUCUUGAAGUUGUCAAAGGAGACAUGUCUCAAAAAGACGCCAUAUCUCUAGCCGUCUCCAGGUCACGAGCCGUGAUCUCCCUCCUAGGGCCCAGCAGUGCCAAACCGGCCUCAAACACCGAAUUCGCCGAUUACUAUCGUACCAUCGUGCCACUGAUGAAAGAGCACCAUGUUUCUCGAAUCUUGGCCCUUGGCACGACAGCCAUCUAUCAACCCAGCGACAACAGCUCCGUAACACGUGCUCUUAUGAGUAACCUUAUCAAGGUCAUGGUCAACUCCGCAUACCAAAAUAUGCUGGCCAUUCAAGAGUAUUUCGAAACUCUGAAUGAUACAUCUAUCGACUGGACUGUCUUUCGACUGGGAUGGUUGGGUGGCACAGCCGACCAGGCUGCGUGGUUGGCUGAUCGUGAAAAGGGAAAGCCAUUUGCGGGACCUGUUGGAGCUCCUGGAUAUACUUCAGGCAUCAACAGGAGUCUGUUGGCCCAAUGGCUUGCUGAUGUAGCUACUGCUAACCCUGCGAUAUGGGUUCGCCAGAUGCCUGCUGAACAUACGUAG